AUGUUACAGGUCUUUGACUUCAUUAGUCGCCGUCUAGGUGGAACAGACUACGUCGAACUAUUCAAUGCGCUGCAGUGGCUGCACCUCCUUUCACGUCUGGAAAUUUCCAUUCCACUUAAUCUACUACUGGAGAACUUUGGCACGGCUUUGAAAGGGCUACCGGCUAUGGAAAUUCCGGAGCUAGGUCAGAACGACUUGGAAGAGGAGGACGUUUCUAUACACAUUGUCAUCAUUGACAUACUGGUCCUUCAGGUAGCGCCAUAGCU